UCCUGUUUUAGACCGUAUCCUAAAGAUUAGAUUUUGGAUGUCUGUUUAAUAUUAUUUCCUUCUUGUUUAGUUUGAUAUCCGGUGUAAUGCUCCUUUUUGCUUGAGUGGGGAGAAGGAAAAGGCUUAUUUCUUUAUUUAUUCUGGUUGGUGUUGUCCUUUUCUCAUUGUCUAUAAGUUAAAAGAGGGGAUAUUUGUGUAGAAAUAUUACUGUGGAUGAUGGAUUAUACCCUUUGAGUAUGCUAUCGCUAAGCAUUGGAGUCAUCUAUCAGACAACUUCAAAUAUUAUCUUCUUCUGCAUAAGAUGUUAAGGAUUGAACUCUGAUCCUCCUGUUUAAUCUAGAUCUUGAUGAACAAGGGAAUCUAGUUUCUUGCGUUCUUUUGAAAUAUUUGAGGUGUUGGAAUUUGAAAUGUCGUCUCCAAACAAGCGGAGAGAUAUGGAUGUCAUGAAAUUGAUGAUGAGUGAUUACAAAGUGGAGAUGAUUGACGAUGGGCUUAGCGAAUUUAAUGUUGAAUUCAACGGUCCAAAAGAAAGUGUAUACGAAGGCGGAGUUUGGAAAAUCCACGUUGAACUUCCUGAUGCUUACCCAUACAAGUCCCCAUCUAUUGGGUUUGUGAACAAGAUAUAUCAUCCAAAUGUUGAUGAACUAUCUGGUUCUGUCUGCCUGGAUGUGAUUAACCAAACUUGGAGUCCAAUGUUUGACCUAUUGAAUGUUUUUGAAGUUUUCCUUCCACAGCUUUUGCUCUAUCCCAAUCCUUCAGACCCCCUUAAUGGCGACGCAGCAUCUCUAAUGUUAAAAGACAGAAGCCAAUACGAUCAGAAAGUUAAAGAGUACUGCGAACGCUAUGCGAAAAGGGAAAACGUGACGAAUUCAGGUGCAGAAGAUGAGAGUGAAGAAGAUGUAAGUGAUGAUGAAAGUGAUUCAAGCGACAAUGAUAUUGCUGGUCAUGUUGAUCUCUAAAGGGCCUUACUAGAUUCACUCUUUCAUUCAGACCAAAGAAAGAUGAAACACAUGAAAUGAUAUGUUCCAUCACAUGGCUUGUUUGGAAUGAAUGGAUAUUACUGUUUGUUUUUGCCAACUUACAAUUAGGCUGUAAAAUAAAGAAUGGUUUUCAUGUUUUGGGGGUAAGUGGAAGUACACUCCUAUAUAUAUGAUGUUGAAAUGUUAGUUUGUAUGUCAAAUUAAUGCCAUGGACUCUUUUCCCUA